CACAGUUUAAAAAAAAGCGCCGCCUCCUUUGCUUACAGCCAAAAUUAUCAUUCUCCUUUCCUAACCUCCAUCACUGUCAUUGGCGUACAAACAAAGAGAUGAGGAAUACACGGGCAUCUGCUGCAGCGAAAGAAGGUGGAGAGGAAGAGACUAUACCCGAAGAAGCUGUUGCAUCCACUUCACAAAUACCCACUGAUGAUGAACAGCAAGAAUCAAAUUCAAAAGAGGAAGCGAUGGAAAGACGAAAAGAAAAGAUGCGUGAAUUACGUAAAAAGAUGGCAGAUUCAACAAAGGCAAACAGAAAAGCAGUUGCAGGUGAAACCAAUCAACACAAAAAAUCAAAUCGAACCAAACCUACAACUGCACGUAAAUUGGAACGUGCUGAAAGAAUUUUGGAUGAGCGUGAUGCUGUUGAAAGAGGUGAAGAUUUUGAGAGGACGAGAUCGUGGCAAUAUACGAUAGAAGAGAAUGAUAAAUGGGAGGAAAAGUUACAGGAAAAAGAAGCCAAGAAAGACCAGGGAUAUUUGGACGCACAGUCUGCUUCUGAACGGACUUAUAAUCGUCUAAUAGGUCAGAUAAAGCCAGAAAGGAAUAAGAAUAGCACAAAUGCUGAAGGAUCAUCCUCUGAAUUAACACAAGAAAAAGGCUUGCAGUACGGAACACAUAAACCCGAUGAUGCUGCGUUGGACAGAGUGGCCGCUCAUUUGAAUGCUGAAGCGGAUGUGCGUUGGAAGAGAAGUCGUCAACGUGCAGACGAUCCGGAUGCAGGUGUUGAUUAUAUCAAUAGCAAGAACAAGCAUUAUAAUAAGAAGAUCAAACGCUUCUUUGAUCAACAUGUGGGAGAGAUUAAAGAUAGCUUUGAACGUGGAACAGCAUUGUGAGAUCGCUGAAGUUGUACAAAAUGUAUAAUAUAUUAAUUCAUGACAUCUAUCCGAAAUACAGUCAUCUUUUUACAUGUGUA